AUGUCGAAGUUCUGCACUGGCGAUGUUGAUCAUCGUAUACCACUUGAUAGUGUGAGCUCAAGUGCGCAUGGCUUUAGAGUGCAGCACGUUGUCUUGCCCCUAUUCGCCGUCAACUGGGUCAAGACGGACAUUCAAAGGUUUACGACUCGCACGUCAUCCUCUAACAAUGACAGUAAGGCUAGCAUCAACCACAUCGUUGUCUUUCUACAGAGACCUCGGAGACCGGGACCGGAGCGUUUCCAGAGGGAAUGGGCGGGGCCAUCUACUUCAGUUGGCCGUCACCGGAGGGCGAAAUGGUCUGGAUGUUUCUCGGUUUCAUCACCAACGAAAAGCCAAGUGCCAUUUUUAGUCGGCUUGAAGAAAGGAAGUUCUACAAACAACUCAUUCAUGCAGUCUAUGCCUGUACAGCAGCCGAUGAAGACGAUGUCACAGAUUGGAAUCUCUGUGGAACCCCUUCACGUUAUCCAGCAUCAGAUACCAGCAGAAACUACCCAGACGUUGACUUUGACCAGCUUCUCAGAGUUCUCCAUGAAGAUGUUGGAGAACUUCUACAACUUUGCCUCGUCGUUCGGAAUAAACCAGUCGCAGAUGACACCCCAGCCAAACAUCAGUUGGAUCCCCAUGACGGUCCUAGAUAAAUGGUUUCAGAACUUCAAGAAAAAAAUGGCGCAGGAUCAGAACUUUUGGAGGAAGUAACUGUACUUGUGUAAUUUUUGUAUUUUAACAGUUUUAAGAUUUGGGUACUUUUUGUAACACAAAACAUAAUGUCCACAG